AUGGACCGUGCCCGCAGGACGGCAUCGAUGGCUUCAGCCCGUCGCAAGGCAAAUCCUUCUUCCGACUCCCUUCAAUCUACUCCAGAGUCCGUCUCUGAGCCUUUGCCGUCUGUGAGCCCUGCUUUGUCGAAUGACAUUAAGAGCCCGCAAUCUGCGCCACCUGCUCGGCGCUCCAGCAAGACUCUGCCGCACACCUCGAGCUUUUCUGCUCCCGCCUCAUCGCGCUCUGUCCAUCUCAGAAAGCGCUCAAAGACAAUGGAUGAGUACGGCUUCGAGUAUGCCGCCGACGAUCAUGACAGCCCUAAAAAAGGCGGCCACACUCUUCGUCGGCGUGCCCGCGUCGACUACACUUUUGAGCAGAUUGACGACGAGGUUGUUGUUCCCAGCUCAACCUCGUCAACGCGCACGAAGAAGCGCAGAUCUGACAACAGUCUCGACUCGGAAGACAUAAAUCCUCAUGAGCCUGCCCGCAGACGCGCCUCCCUUGAUGCAGAAAUGUCUUCCUCUCGCCGUCGCAAUCCUCUCCGCAAGUCUUCUGCCGAGAUAGCCACCUACAUUGAAGAGCCAGAAGAAGAGGAGCGCGAGGUGAAAGACACCAUUGAAGUGGUUGGCUCAUUAUCUGAUGACGAAAAUUCCACUUCUGCCGCGCUCUCACGCUCACUCACCACUGGCCAAGACUCUUUACCGCCAAAGGCUACCAAGGCUGCUUCGGCAGAACCUACGACAUCUGCCACUCAUAGGCCCACACGCCAGCCUGAGCAGCCCAAAACGACUCCUGGAGCACCCAUAUCUAAGCUUCAAGAAGAAGAUGGCGAAAAGCCGGAUAAUCAGUUGCUGCAAGAAGCUGGUGCUGCUAUACCAAAUGGCACCGAUUCCAGUACCACCAAUGUCGGCCAAUCAGAAGCCACAAACGGCAAUGUUGCAUUCGAGCAGCCGUCUCCAAAGCAAAAUCCUGAUUUCUCUCAAGAAGAGUCAAAUCUAGCGUCGGCCAAAGAGGAGCCGAUUGACGACACAGUUGCCGCGGAUGGAAAUACUAUGCCUGUUGCAAACAAGACAUCUCCCAGGGCUAGUGCGGCCGACGAAACUGAGGGUAAAGGCAAGGUCACUGCCUCUGCCUCUGAUUCUACCAAUGGAAAGUCUGAAAAGGACGCAGAGCAGCCUAUCUCUCCAUCAUUGCAGAUUCAAAAGCAGCUUGAUGGGUCCCCUGACGAAAUUUCCGCAGACGUGAAGAGGGACCCCGAUACUGAAGAAGGUGACAAUAUGCCAGAUGCUGGUAACGACAUACUUGGGGACGAGUUUGCAGCAGAUGCUCCGCCGGCAGAACCUACGGAGGAGGUCAUUCUACCGACCGUAGCAUUGGAAGUAAAAGGCACUCCCGCUUCUUCUCAGGCUGGCUCUGAAACCACAAUGAAAAGCGCCAUUGCCACCAAGGCUGAGAGGAAGCCUUCGCCAUCACAAACCCUUGCACCCGUUCCUGUUGUUGUAUCACGGCCCCAACCGACUCCAGUCGGACGUUGGGCCCACCUGACACCUUAUAUUGACGGCGAAUACACCACAUACCCCGAGAAAAAGGAAUCUUCGCCUGAAGACGAGACACCAGCCGACGAACCAACAGCUGAGGAAAGGGACGCCGAUAAAGAUGCAAAUGGCAUGGAACCCAUGGUCGAGGACAACGAUGACGCAGCGGAUACUUUUCAAGCCGAGGCACCUACCCCGGCGUUGAAUACGCCCAUCCGAGGCUCGCCCGCCCCAGAGUCCAUGGAACCUACGGCGUCAAACUCGCCUGCUCCUGCUGCAGAAGAAGAUGAUGGCGAAGUCUCUGAUUCUGAUGACAAUGGACCCCGACGCUACUUUCGUUAUAGAAAGCUACGCGAUGCGGAAGAGUAUAUCUCAGCUCUAGAAAAGUUUGAAGACAUGUCAACGGCCGAGUUGUACGAUCUCAUUGGGGCUGUGAAUGUGUCUAUGGUUCAAUGGCAGACUGAGUGGAAUAGACUGGGUAAAAUUGUGGAUGACUAUGAGAAUUCUCUCCGGCGUCGAGUGGCCGAUUCAAAAUACGAAUCAAGAACACGAAAUCUUCACCAACACGGCAUCAAUUACGAAGAACCUGAAUUCGUUGUCAAGGGGUACAAGGCCAAGGAAAAAGAGGUUAUGAACGAAACUCGUUACCUUCAAGGCCAGGAUCGUAUCAUGGCAGCCGCAUAUGGCUUUGAAUACGAUCCCCACCCAUCCAAGAUUGGGCGUCAGAACCCCGAGACCCAACAGGCAGGCAUCAUGACACGAGGACGCUCACUCCGAAACCAGCCUAGGCAGACGGCAAAGGCGACUGAAGCCGAUGAAGUUACCGGCAAGCGAACUCGCAAGCCCGUCCAGUUAUUCGAUCCAGCCGCACAAGAUGUUAGCCGCAGCUCCACGCCUGCUCCGACAAGAACCAGGCGACGCAAGACUGGGAACGGCGAUGAUGACGCGGUCGCCUCUAGCUUCAACGGAGACGCCAAUUCGGAUGUGGAAGACCCCCCUUCGAGAACGAAGCGCCGACGCACUGGACGUCCACAGACUUCUGUGCCGAAUAUGGGUGAGGAGUAUGGUGCCUCGCAGGAUAUGGCCCAGGAGGACGAGUCCGGCCGCCCCAGCCGCCGUGGUCGUCACCGGGCUGCCAUUCGAUACGACGAUGGCUUUGCUGAGCAGGAAAUGGACGAUGAACAGCUGCCGAAGCAGCCAAGGCGACAUAUUCUCACCUUGAAGUUUCCACGCGGCACGGACUUUAGCGGACCUUCGUCCGCCAUUACCGACAAUGGCGACUCGCGACCGUCCACCGCCUCCUCCGAUUCGAGCUCUCACACGGCCGAGUCGUCGUACUCUUUCCGUCCUAAGCGGCAAAAGCGCUUCCGCGACGAGCAGGAGGAAGCCGAAUCCGCUGGCCAGGGCCCUCCUAAGAAGCGUAGUCGCCGGGUCACCGACGAGGCUCCCGCUCCGGCCGCCAGCCUCCCCGCCGGAGAUGUCUCGCCCACCGCGGUCCGCAAGACGCCCAAGAUCAAGGUUGUGCGCGUCGCGCAGGCGAGCCGCACCGGGACACCGUCUUCGAUUGGCGGAGACCCGGAGGAGCCGCGCAAGGACUACAAGCUGAUGACCAAGUCGGAGAAGAUGUCGGCGUCAAUGAAGAGUCGAUGGGCGAAUGGAAACAUGGCUGGUGCUGUUGAGAAGCGCAAGGCAACGCUCGCGGCCAAGAAGGCCGCGCAGGCCGUCGCCGAUCAGAAAUCGGGCACGACGACACCCAAGGGGAAUAAGGCCCCCAACAAGCCAAGGAAGGACGUACCGCCUCGACAAGGCGAGCAACCCUUGCCCCCGAGCACACCCGCUCUGGGUUAUCCUUUUGCGGCCGCUUAA